ACCAGGAAGUUGAACCUUGUUUUGUUGCCAUCAGGACAAGAGACGUUAAGAGAGGACAACAACCCCAAAAAUCAAAGAGUUUUUCAGCGAAGUAAACAAUCAGAACCUAAAUUUCCGCCGACGAGAUAAAAGUUAAAGCCGAAUUCUGGUAAAAUCCCUGCUUUCCUGUCCGUGUCAUGAUCGUAGGAAGGAACCUGUUUGGCCCUUAGUAAUGAUUAUAUGUAUUUAUGAUGCCUGAGAUCUGAGCGCACUGUUCGCUCUCCUCCAUCAACUUGGUGUUUGACCGCUGACUCUGAAAGGGUGCAUCACCAUGGCAACCAAAGCAGGGGAUGAUCCAGAGAGCCUCAUGUCUCUGUGCACCGUGUUCUGUCUGAAGAACCUCAGUAGUACCAUGUGCUAUAUGGGCGAGAGGAACCAACUGUGCCUGCGUCCAGACAUCUUCUUACCCAGUGAGAUCUGUGACAAGCUUGUUCACAUGUACGUGGAGUUGGUGCACACAGACAGUGAGUUUGAGCCUCAGGAUGGGUUUUUUCAGCUCUUCGGCGACCCGCACAGCACCCGACUGAGCCGACUGCACCUCAGAGAGGACGUCGUACGAGACCGAGACCUCAAGGCCAUCAGCAAGCAGGAUCUGAUGGAGCUCCACUUGACGUGCUGUAAUCAUCUCAGCAACCGAAGCCUUUGCACUUUGCGCAAAUUCCGCCACACGCUCGUGUCCCUCAGUCUCUUCGGCUGCUCCAGCAUCUUCUUCCCCAAGUCCUCCACUGAGGAUGACGAGGAUGAUGAUGAGGAUGAUGAAGAGUUAUGUGAUGGCACUGACUUUUCCUUCCAGGGCUUCAGAAGGUUGUGCAUGUUGAACGUUGGCCAUCUGCCAGUAAACGUGGACGCUGAAAGACUGCUGAAGCCACUAGACACUCUCAGAGUGCUGGACCUGUCCUCAACGCACCUGCCCCGCCCCUCCUUCCUCACAAGGUGGAGGGAGCAGCUAGCUGUGCUCGUGCUCUACAACGUGGAUGUGAACGAGGAGCUCAUCACCACCGUCCUGCAAAUGAGCCGAUUGAGGCACUUAGAUAUCUCACGUGAAGGUCAGCGCUCCUCCAAGUUCAAACUAACAAGGAAGAUCCUGACAAACAUUGUACAGAGUUUAGGGAACCUCGUCUCCCUGGACAUCUCGGGACACAUCAUGCUGGACAACUGCACCGUGCCGUAUAUGGAGGAGGCCAUGGGACCACCAAGCACCGAUCCCUGUAAGAGCAGUAUCUACCCGUUCCAGGGAUUAAAGAGGCCUCUGCAGUUUCUGGGUCUUUAUAACACUACACUGUGUAACGUCAAACACAUCCCGGCCUUUAAGGUGACCGGAUCUAAGAAUGAAGAGCAGGUUCUCAACGCUAUUGAAGCUUACACUGAACAUCGUCCUGAACUCGCACACAGGGCCAUAAACCAGCUGUUUGACUUUGUCCGGAUACAACACUGUAAUAAUCUGGUCAGAGCAGUGCAGUUGGUGAUAGCAGCACUGAAGUGUCAUAAGUAUGAUAAGAGUGUCCAGGUGACGGGCAGCGCCGCUCUCUUCUACCUGACCGGUACAGAGUACCGGAAUCACCAAAGUGUGAAGAUGCGCAGGCAGGUCAUCGAGGUCGUACUCAAUGGCAUGGAGCAGUACCAGGAGGUUACGGUUCAGAGGAAUUGCUGUUUGACUCUGUGUAAUUUUAAUAUUCCUGAUGAGUUAGAGUUUCAGUAUCAUCGCGUCAACUUGUUGCUGUUAAAGAUCCUGGAACCGGUGCGUCAGGACGAGUCGAUUCAGCGCAUUGCUGUGCACCUGUGCAAUGCCCUCGUCUGCCAGGUGGACAACGACCACAAGGAGGAGGUCGGCAAGAUGGGCUUCGUCAAGACCAUGUUGAAUUUAAUACAGAAGAAGCUGAAUGACAGACUGUGUGAUCAGGUGAUGGAGUUCUCAUGGAGCGCGUUGUGGAACAUCACAGAUGAAACGCCAGAUAACUGCCAGAUGUUCCUCAACUGCAGUGGCAUGAACCUGUGCCUGGAUUGUUUAAAGGAGUUUCCAGAUAAACAGGAGCUGCACCGUAACAUGCUGGGGCUGCUGGGUAACGUGGCCGAGGUGAAGGAGCUCCGACCUCAGCUUCUCACCAGCCAGUUCGUCACCGUCUUCAGUAACCUGUUGGGGAGCAAAGCGGACGGGAUCGAGGUGUCGUAUAACGCCUGUGGGGUUCUGGCACAUAUCAUGUUUGAUGGGCCUGAAGUGUGGACUGUGGAGAACCCUAACAGAGAGAUGGUCAUGGACAAAAUGUGGGACGCCAUCCAGAGCUGGGACGUCACGUCACGGCGCAACAUCAACUACAGGUCAUUUGAACCUAUCCUGCGUCUCCUCCCUCAGAGUAUAUCACCUGUCAGUCAGCACUGGGCCACCUGGGCUCUUUACAACCUGGUCUCUGUGUACCCAAACAAAUACUGUCCAUUAUUAAUAAAAGAAGGAGGAAUUGUGUUGUUGAAGAAAGUUCUGGAACUGGAGUCUUCUCACCAGGACACAAAGACCAUGGCACGCAAGGUGAUGGAGCAGUGUGAGAAUUUUAAGGAGGAUCCGAUGGACACCAGCAGGUAAAAGGUGCAGAGCAGGAAAUCUCACCUCAGCAUCUGGUCCACCUUAAAACACACCAGAACAACACAGCUAAUGGGAUCUAAAGAAAGGAAUCGAACGCACAACGCUCACAUCUGUUCAAUGUCAUUCAGGAUUCUUCAGUCUCCUCUGCUGUGUGUGUGUGUGUGUGUGUGUGUGUGUUGGACUCAAAGGGACAUGAUGGACCCUCAUCCUCACAAAUACACACUCCUGUGAAAAUUAAAAUGACACUAACUUAAAGGGGAGAUAGCUUCCACAGGAGUGUGUGAGUGUCGCACAUGAUUAACAGUGUUUGUAUCAUUUAUUAUUGUUUCUGACUGUUUUGUUACCUGGUACUUUGUAUGUGUGUGUGUGUGUGUGUGUGUAAACCAGUGGAAAGUUCUCAUCUGUUUUUUGACUGUGAGCAUAAAAGGAGGACAGAAAGAAACUGACUGUGUGUGUGUGUGUGUGUAAGACAGAGAAUGUGAGUGUGAGAGAGGCAGAGAGAGAAAAUGCUUCACUAGAUGGUCUUUUGCGCUGUGACAUCAUAACUAAUGGACUUUCUGGAAUGAGGUCACACAACACGUCACUUUAUGGCUUGAACACACACACACACACACACACACACACACACACACACACACACCUCUAAGACUCCUCCAUGUGCAUUCUCUUGGUACAUAUUACACACAUCUGCCUUUUGUGCAUUUUUAUGACACUCCCAGUCCACCGUCAAAGAAAAAAAAAUCUAGUGAAAAUGACAUUUAUAUUUUAUUAUUUUUAAAACAAGUUUUUUUUUUCCCCCUCUUAAAGUCUGUGAUGGAACGAGUGUGUGUGUGUGUGUGUGUGUGUGUGUAAUUGUAAUGGGGGGUUUGCAGUAAGAUUAGAACCUGCUUUGUGAUUAUAAUGAUGUGUAAUAUUUUGGCAGGAUAAAUGACUCCUAAAUCCAUAUCUCAUGUUUAACUAAAUAAAUCCUCAGCACAGGAUUCUGCUUUAUCCAUGCAGAAGGUUCGGGAGACGCGGCUGAGCCUUCAGUCAUCGUCAUCGUCUGUGAUUCUGAGCUAUAAAAAACAGUUUUGUAAUUUUCUAUAAAACAGGUUCUCAAAGUGAGAUCCAGGGACAUUCUGGGCUCCGAGAGACAAAGCUAGCAGAUUUUUUUUUUUUCUUUGUUUAAGCUAAAGAUGUAUUCUGUUUAGAAUUUGUCCUUCUGUCUGAAUAAUGACUUUAAUUUAAGUAAAUUCAGUCUCAUGAAAAGUUAGAAGUGAAUAAACAUGUUGUGUCUGUGGAAGGUUCAGGAAUGAAAAGCUCUAUGGCUGCAGUUAACAGCCAAAAAUAUUACGGUACACGUUUAAAUAAUGAGCCUGAUUUAAGUAAUAAAAAAUAAAUCUGUA